CCAUUGUGAGGUCUGUCUUCACAGACAGACGGAGAGAGAGACACAGAGAAGCAUUAGAGGACGAGUAGACAGAGAGUUGAGACGGUCCUCUGUUAGACAGAUCUCAGCAUCCAUCUUGCCACCAUGAGGUUUGAGGAGAUCCUGGAUGAUGUAGGUGGCUUCUCCAGGUUCCAGUUCCUGCUCCUGUGCAUCCUGUGCCUACCCCGCGCCAUCCUCCCCCUCCACUUUCUCCUGCACAACUUUGUCUCUGCGACACCUCCUCACCGCUGCGCCCUCAGGAGCCCGGAGGACGGUGUGCCGCUGAGCUACGACCCUGCGGCCCUCAGGAUCCCCCGUCAGGACGACGGCUCUUUCAGCUCCUGCAGAGUCUAUGACACCCUGCUGACCUUCGACCUCGACCAAGGAAACAGGACUGCACCAUGUCCACAUGGCUGGGUCUACAACCAAUCACAGUUCAGCUCCACGACUGCCACCGAGUGGGAUCUGGUGUGUGACGACAAACAGCUGAAUCAAGCUCUGGCUACUUACUUCUUCCUUGGGGUCACGUUUGGAGCCGUUCUGUUCGGUCAGCUUUCUGACAAGUUUGGUCGUAAGUCGAUGCUCCUGUUGGCUCUAAUCGCCUCCACUGUGCUAGGAGUCGCCUCGGCCUUCUCCAGCUCCUAUGUCAUGUUUGCCGUCUGCAGAGCGCUCUGCGGCGUGGCCCUCAGCGGGCUGUCGAUCAUCGGUGUGGUUCUCGGCAUCGAGUGGACGGAUGUGAAGCACCGGACCUUCACUGGUACCAUCAUGAGUUUGUCGUGGAGCGUGGGGAACAUGCUCCUGGCCCUGAUGGCCUACUUCAUACGAGACUGGAGACACCUGACCCUGGCGGUGACGGCACCCUGCGUCGCUGCCAUCGUCUCCUGGUGGUGGCUGCCGGAGUCGGCUCGCUGGCUGCUGGCCAAUGGCAAAGCCAAGGAAGCCCAGAAGUACCUGGUUCAGUGCGCUAAAAUGAACCGGAGGAACACAUCCAAACUGGACACUGAGGUAGAGGUCUUGGGGAAGGUGACCGUGUCCGAGGUGGCCAAGAAGAACCACUCCUACCUGGAUCUGGUCAAAACACCCGAGCUAAGGAAGAUCACCCUCUGCUCCGGCUUGUUCUGGUUCGCUGUGGCCUUCCUGUACUACGGGAUCAGCUUCAAGAUCUCAGGUUUCGGUGUCAGUAUCUACCUCACACAGUUCAUCUACGGAGCUAUCGAAGUUCCCGCCAAAAUCCUGACCUUCUUCGCCUUGGACUGGAUUGGCCGGCGGAACGGCCAGGCGUGGUUUCUGAUCACAACGGGAGCUCUGAUUGGAAUAAACACGGCCAUACCUUUAGAGUAUUCUGUGCUGCGAACGUGCAUCGCUGUGGUGGCAAAGGGUUUCUCAGAGGCGGCGUUCACCACAGCGUUCCUUUACUCAGCUGAACUCUUCCCAACUGUUCUCAGGCAGUGUGGCUUAGGCUACACCUCGUGUCUCGGUCGGAUCGGGAGUUCCCUGGCUCCGAUGAUCAUGCUUCUGGAAGACGUCUGGCUUCUUCUGCCACCGCUCAUCUUCGCUGGGACGGGGAUUGUCAGCGGGAGCUUGGUCUUCAUGCUCCCAGAGACGCUCAACGUCCAUCUGCCUGAAAACAUCUUCGAUGUGGAGGAGGGAAGACACAGAUGUGGUGCAAAUGGAGAUGCAAAGACUGAGCUGAAGAAAAUAAACAGAACAGCCCCUCAGGACAGCAGUGGAGAUGAGGAUGUGGAUGGAUCGGUGCUUUUUAAAUGUAUCGUAGAGCAGAAAUGAAUUGUGUGUUUGGGACAACGGAGCUGAUUUUCUUAGUGUUUUGACACAAUGUCAAAUUAAUAAUAUAAAAAUAAAAUGUUUGUGUCUGUUAAA